CUCUUAGUUUUCACUCACGCUGCUCAGACAUGUCGCUCGAAGUGACGCUCGAGUUCAGUGGCGGCGCUGAGCUCCUCUUCGACAAGAUCAAGUCGCGCGUGGUUGCGCUGCCAGUCCCGCGGCCAGAUGGCGCCAAGUGGACCAUUCGCGCCUUCCUCGUGUGGAUUCGCGACAACCUGCUCAAGGAGCGACCGGAGCUCUUCCUCCAAGGCGACACAAUACGGCCAGGCAUUUUGGUGCUUGUUAACGACCAGGAUUGGGAGCUGAUUGGCGAGCUUGAUUACGAAUUGGAGGCAAAGGACACAAUCUUGUUCAUUUCAACGCUCCAUGGUGGAUGAUUUCAUGGAUGGGACCAACCCGUUGAGUGACUGCUAUGCUUGUGAACAUAAUACGAAACAUCUGGCCUUUGCCCGAGAACCUCGUUGUUUUGAAUUGCGCGGCCCGUACAACAAAGCUCGAACAAACUCGGUC